AUGCAUAUAUAUGAUGAAAAUAUAAUAAUAAAUGACGAGAGUGGAUGUGAAGAUACUCCUAAAGAAAAUAAAAUAAAAAUCGCAAAUGGAUUAGUUAAAAAUUUUUGUCUUUUAAAAGAGCUCGAUUUAUUAACAGUUAUAAAAAAUGAGGAUGAAAACAAACAAAACAUUACAGAUAAAAAUAUUAGUUGUAAUAUAGAAAACAUAAUUUGCGCAAAUAAACAUAUUUUAGAUUUCAUAUUUUUAAAAGAGCAAAAUGAUUUAAAAAUCCAAGAAACGGAAGAAGAGAAAGAAAAACCCAAGAAAAAAAAAACGACAAUAAAUAAAUCUCUUGAAGAUGAUAUACUAAAAGAAAAGGAUAUAUUAAAUAUUAUUGACACAUUAAAUAAAAACGAACUAAAUAUAUCUAUGUAUGAAAAUAAAAUAAAAGAUUGUGAUGAAUUAAACAAUUUUAAACCAUUUAAUAAUACCUUACUAAUAAAUCAUAUUGAUAUGCCACCAGCAUUGAACAAUCAAAAUGCCUCUUCACAAUUUCAUCAAGUUUUGAAAUUGUUAAUUAAAAAUUAUAAUAAUUCAUUAAAUAUAAUUAAAAUACAACAAAAUACAAUCAAAGAUCUGAUAUUCUAUACACACAAUUUAUUAAUAAAUAAUAAAAUGUUAAUAGAUAAAAAUGAAAAAUUAAUUAAAGCUAAUUCUAUUCAUACAGAAUUAAAAACUCAUACACCAAACAAUAACCAUGUUGAAAUAAAAUUACCAAUGCCCGAUCAGGAAAAUACAUCCUCUCUAUUUAAGACACAAAUAGAUUUAUACAGAAAACAUAUUAACCAUUUGUAUAACGAAAAUACUGAAUUAAAAAAAGUAUUAAGUACCCUUGACACUGGAAAAAAUUUAUAA